AUGAGUUCCAGCUCUGAUAAUGUCCAUCAUGUGAUGGACGAAAUCUUAGCCCGAUUUUAUCCGAAACUAGAGAGGAUGACUCGUGGACUGCGUCAGCAUGAACGACGCAUUCAAGCAAAAUGGCUGCAGAACAACUCAAAUCUGCCGUCGUUUUCAGGUGAGACCAACCAACGAAUUUCUUCAUCAUACACUUCUAUACCAAAUGGCAUAGUAAUGGAGGUCUCUGGCGUCCUCCGUUUGUGGGAAAAUUCAGCUCAGUCCUUCAUCACCAGGUCUGCUCAAGUCCUACACAAAAAACGAAUAUACCAUUUACGUCCUGACCCUUAA